GGAUCGAAAACUGUAAUAAAUUAGGGUUAUUUGUCGGGGAGAGGCAUAGGAUGUAUUAUUAGAAAUCAGCGCAUAUGCGCCAGGAUAGUCCAAGAACCGAACUCACGUUCAACACGGUUUGCUGGCAGCAGAAGAAGCCCCCCAUCUCUCUUUGCUCGACAGAGUUCGAUCAUUCCUUCUCCAAACGCUGCUUUUCGGUCGAUCUCCGAGUUCAAGCAUUCAAGAGGGAGGGAUUUCACUCUCAGUGCUUUAUAAAUUGGGAAUGCUGUUGCUGUGAGUUUUGAAUUCUAGGGUUUCUCUUUGGACAUCCGUGGAACUAUUGCUAGUUUGGAUUACAGAUGACGCUGAAACUUUUCUUAGAUUAACGGUCUUCAUUAGUUGGGAAUGUUUUCUUGUGUAAAAAGAUUCAGUUUUGAUACAGGGAAAGUAUGAAACAGGCAUUAAAUUUUUGAAUUGUAAUUUUUUCUCCAACGACGGUUCGGGAAUACAGAGAAAUGCCACCUAAAAUUGACACUGCUGAGGGCCUUUUUCUUUUCUUUCUUUUCUUUUUUCUUUUUUCUUUUUCAAAAUGACUUAGGAAUGAAAAUGUUCGUUUCCUUCAUUUGUGCAUUUUUUUGGAAACCAAACAGAGAGCUAGGUUUCUCUUGGAAUGCUUUCAACCUGUCAAUGCUAUUGUUGAAAAUUUUGAACUCUAGGAAUUCAUUCUGGAUUACAUGGAAAAUGCCAAAUGAUCAAUGAAGCAUCAUUUCCCUCAUCAUGCUAAAACUGUUUUUAGUUUAUAUGGCUGAAUUCCUGUGAAAAUAACAAAGGAGAAUUUCUCACCUAGAUGAGGAGAUAUUAGAACAAAUUGACUAAUUCUGGAAAGGAAUUUGAGAGAGAGAGAGAGAGAGAGAGAGAGAGGAAUUUGCAGAAAGUGUCAUUUGGAUUGACAAAUAUAAUUGGUUCAGCCACUGAUUUGAAAAUCCAUUAUUUGUAAAGUGGAAUGGUUUGCAAAGGCAAUCCUGUUUCAUAAUUUCUUAUGCAUUUAGCUUAUAAAAAGGGAAAAAUUCUUGGGCAGUUUCUAUAAUUAAUCUUAUAUGAGUGUAUAUUAUCCUUUUUUGAUGGAGAAAAUUUCAUCUUACCUGUUCUUUUAUUCUAAGAAUUUCAGGCCUCUUUCUUUCAGCUGUAGUGAGGCCUAUAUUGGACUCCUUUGAAACAUCCAAGCAAGUUCAUCAACCUGCCCUAAGUCAUAACAGAACACAGAGAGAGGCUUAAGCUUCGGAAGGCUGUGCCAGAUCGAUACAAUAGCAAAUUAAGAUGGGGAAUAUAUUUGUGAAGAAGCCUAAGAUCACAGAUGUGGACAGAGCAAUUCUGUCUCUGAAGACCCAGAGACGAAAGCUUGCCCAAUAUCAGCAACAGCUUGAUGCUGUCAUUGAAGCUGAAAAACAAGCUGCAAGGGACCUGAUUCGUGAAAAGAAAAAGGACAGGGCCUUGUUAGCAUUGAAAAAGAAGAAGGCACAAGAGGAAUUGCUCAAGCAAGUUGAUGCUUGGGUCAUUAAUGUUGAACAACAAUUGGCAGAUAUUGAACUAGCAAGCAAGCAGAAGGCUGUGUUUGACAGUUUGAAGGCAGGAAAUAAUGCAAUUAAAGCAAUACAAAGUGAAAUCAAUUUGGAGGAUGUUCAGAAACUGAUGGAUGAUUCAGCUGAAGCAAAAGCUUAUCAAGAUGAAAUUAAUGCAAUCUUGGGCGAGAAGUUAUCAGCAGAAGAUGAAGAGGAAAUUUUAGCAGAAUUGGAAAAUCUGGAAACACAGAUCACCCUCCAAGAUCUACCGGCAGUUCCUGCAGCAGUGCCACCUCCGGAAGAAAAUGAGAAAUUGGACCUUCCUGAUGUACCCACCAAGGCACCAGUUGCUCCCCAGGCGGUUGCUGAUGAGGCUGAAGAUGCUUCAACUGGAGUUUCAACAAGGAGAAAAGGUCUCUCUCUCCUUCCCUUACCCCCUCAUUCCCUAUCUUUUUGUGAGCCUUUUCUUUUCUAAAAUUGCUUGACAAAUUUUUUAUCUCACAGUUAUGGAAGAACCAUUGCCUGCAUGAUUGGGCAGAGUAUAUGGGCCUGGUUACAUACACAAAUGCGUAUGAAAAUGACAUGAUAUUGCUAUAUCCGGGAGCUGUUUGUGAUCCAAAAUGGACCAUCUUCUGGUAGGGAUGUGCUUUACAGAUUUUUGUAUGUACAGAUUGGUUCUGAUGUUCUGCAAUCACUGAUAUUCCAAUAUCCGAUAUCAUAUGUACAGAUUUGGUCACAUAAGCUUUUGCCAUUGUGUACAUUUGCUUCAGUUUCUGAGAUCACCAACAUAUUUGCUGUUUAUGUAAUGGUCUUGCAUAAUAAGUUACUAUCCCAAAUGAAAGAUGGAUCCUGUCAUACAGUUUAUUUA